AAUAAACAGACCUUUUCAUCCAUUUAGCAGCAUCGGAUUAUGCCUGUACCUGUUCACCACAGAGUGAUAUGAUCCAUAAUAAUUGACAUGAGUAACACUGUGAAAGAAGAACUUUACAAUGCAUUGAAGGAACUCCUUGUGAAAGAAUUAAAAUAAUUUAAAUGGAGACUAAAUUCUAUUGAUUAUAAUGAAAGGCCAAACAUUCCUAGAGCUUCACUGGAGAAAGCAGAGGCACAAGACAUUGUAGAUCUCCUGAUUCAACAUUAUGGAGAAGAUGCUCUAGAGAUGUGCAUUGAUGUCCUUCGAAAAUGCAACAGACAUGAUCUUGCAAAAAAACUUGAAGAAACUGGACAGAACGAUGUUGAUGCUCACCAAUUUCCAGAUUUAUCAGCAUACAGAAACUACAUUAAAGAAAAAUUUGAAACAAUGAAAGAUCCUAAUGCUGUUCCAGGUGAAUAUGUACUCUUGAAUCAGAGAUACUCAAAGCUAAUGAUCCUAGAUUAUCACCCAUCUAAAGAGGAGAGAGAACAUGAAAUUCUUGCUAUGGGAUGGAAACAUCAUGAAAUCAUCAGCAAAAGAGCUGAGUCUUCCACCAGCAUUGAAGCAUUGUUUAACCCUGAUAAACAUGGAUUAAUUCCACAAGUUAUUGUGUUACAGGGAGCUGCAGGAAUUGGAAAAACCAUAAUGGCCAAAAAAAUUAUGCUUGAUUGGGCUUCUCAACAACUUUACCAGGACAAAUUUAAUUAUGUUUUCUAUAUUUGCUGUAGAAAGAUGAAUCUCCAUGCAGAGGCAGAGAAGAGUAACAUUGCAGAUAUAAUUUCAGAAGGAUUUCUCAAGGGUCACUCAUUGAAAAAUGUCAUUCAAAACAUACUGAAGAAUGAAGAAAAGCUUCUGUUCAUAAUUGAUGGGUUUGAUGAAUUAAAGUAUUCCUUUGAUCAGCCUAAAAACUACUUUUGCACUGAUCCCUGGAAGAAGGAACCAGUGAGAAUUCUUUUGAACAGCUUAUUUCAAAAAAAGCUUCUUCCUAAAUCCUCUCUUAUAAUCACAACAAGACCAACUGCUUUGGAGAAACUCCAUCAAUGUUUAAAGCGCCCAGGUUAUUUUGAGAUACUGGGAUUUUCUACAAAGGAAAGAGAAGAAUAUUUCUACAAUUUUUUUGGAAAUAAAGACCAAGCAACUCAAGCCCUCAGAUUUGUUAAACAAAAUGAUACGCUUUUCACCAUGUGUGUCAUUCCCCUUGUGAGCUGGAUCAUCUGCACAGUGAUGAAACAGGAGAUGGAGAGAGGCAAAGAUCUUCAGAAGACACCAUACACCCUCACUGAAAUCUAUAUGCUGUAUCUCUCCAGUUUGUUAAAGUAUCACCAUAAAGAAUCCAAACAGGAUGUCCAAACCAAUGUGAAAGGCUUAUGCUCUUUGGCUGAAGAAGGAAUCAGGAAACAGCAAAUACUAUUUAUGGAGGAAGAAGUCAAGAAGCACAUUUUAGAUCAGGGAAACUCCCUCCCCCUUUUUCUGAAUCAGAGCAUCUUCAAAAGGGAUAUUGAUUGUAUUCAAACCUACAGCUUUAUUCAUUUAAGUUUCCAGGAGUUUUUUGCUGCUUUGUUUUAUGUCUUAGAAGAAGGAGAGGAGCAGCAUUCUCAAAAUCUGAAUAAAAAUUUGCAGACAUUAUUAGAAACCAAUACAUCUUUUAGGACUGAUUUUGCAGUAGGAUUUCUCUUCCUCUUUGGUUUUUUAAAUGAAGAAAAAAGAAUGAGAGAGUUGAAAAAAGAAUUUGGAUGGAAAAUUUCUCCUAAGAAUAAAGAAUUCAUGUUACAUUGGGUGAAAAAUAGUUUUAAAAAUAUUAGUUAUUAUUGCCAAUUGCAAAACGAUAUGUUUUGUUAUUUAUAUGAGACACAAGAUAACAAUUUUAUAAAAAAUGCAGUAUGUAAUAUCACUGAAAUAUGGUCAUUUUGCAACUCUGAAAUGGAAUUGAUGAUCUUCAGCUACUGUGUACAGCACUGCCAAAAUUUAAAGGAACUCAGUAUUAACUAUUCAGAUUUUCCAGAAAAUAAGUAAGUAUUUUGAAAGUCUGUUGAACAUUUCAUUCAGUUUAUGAUCCUGUCACCACUUUUCUAUAACUUACUGUCUCAAAUAUAAUAAUAAACCAGAAAAAUGUCACUUGGGAAUAUGCAUAAGUGUCUUUGGGAAGCCUAGUUAAAGAUGGCUUUCAGUCCUUAGAAGUGAAGAUAAGUAUUAUCUGAGAAGUGAAGCAGUAUUGUCUCCAAGUCACCACUGGGAGGAAUUCCUUUUCUUUCUCAAUUUACUCCUCUUAUUUGAAAUGAAAAAUGAAAUAGGGUUUAAAUUAAAAUCUCAGCUCAAGAUCAGAGAGGCAGUUGCUAUUGAAACCUAGAGGCUGUAACAAUUUUAAAUAAAUUAAAAACUUGAUUAUUUUAUGCAGAGCCCACUCCUGACAGUCUUUAAAGAGAGUGAAAGUUCACUGGGUCAUGAAAGCUCAGGGUCUUUCUCCCUUAAAUUAAAAAGAGCUAAUUCAACACUCAAAUGUUCCAUUUGAAAGUUUCAUUGCAUGUAAAACUUUUCCUCUUACAUGGCAGAUAACAUAAAAAGAUACUUCUGCAAUAAUUGGAAACUUCUUUAGCUCCUUCCUUUAAAAAAGGUUAUUUUGAAAUUAGUCAUUUAAAAUA